AGUGCCAACAGGGCUGCUUUUGUUUUGCUGUGCUUGAUGAGGAAAGGGAGGAGAGAAGGAUUAUCUUCCUGUGAGAGCUUUGAAAGAGUCUCGGUGGAGCAUCGCCAUCAGAUCCAGCACGAAGAAAAUCCGCGUGAUCGCAUUAGUUCAGAACAUUUCUGACACUGAUAAAUGAUAAGUAGGAAACGUGUGAGGUAUUAUAAGGCCUCCUUACUUCGAUGUCAAGUGUGCUGUUGGCUCGUUAAAUAAUAAUCAUUUUUCGAACAAGCAAUCUGAUGUUCAAACCUUGCAAUUCAGUGGGCGGGAAAGUUUGGCCGUUGGCCUAUUUUUAAAACAAAAUAUUAUUCUGUGUGGAAAAUUCAGUGAAAAAAAAUGUUAUCACUACAGUGAAGUGCUGUGAAGCUGUUGGAAUACUUUGAAAAGUAUUACUAAUAGUUGCAGUCAACAACGGAUCAUCAAAAGAUUUCAAGCAGUUUGAAUGAAUUGGAAAAUCGCUCAGGAUAAAGAGCAAAGCGGACCACUCGUUCAUAAUUAACACACCAAAAGCGAAAAAGUGAGUUUUUCCAAUUGCUAGUAAAGUGAUAAUUAGUGAGCAUAAAAUUGCACAGAGGAAAAGCGGAAAAUCAAAAGCUAUUAAAACCGCACAGUGAAAAGGAAAAUUGGACUGAGUGAGUGAAACCGAAACAAAAAACACAGCUUCAAACCAGUCGGAUUUACGAAAAGGAGCAUCGAAUAAAUCACUCUCAAUGGCAGCGAUUUCGACGGGAUAAAAGAAAACAAAGUUAAUAUAAUUGUGUCGUUAGGCGAAAAGGACUUGAGCGAGGAAAAAUUAUUGUAAUUAACGAUAGUCAUUUUUUCUGGAAACGUGAUGUGUAUGUGGUGUUACCGAAAAUUCAUUCGCUUCGUUGUGUUAUUAAAUGGUACGUUUCUGACGCUCGAGGCAGAUUACUAAUUCAGCAGUCGUAAUUGAUAUGGUUGCACACCGUUUGAACACCGGAUAGUGAUGAAGUUGAUGUGUUCGAUUAAUGGAUUGCCGGCUGCCAGAUUCCCGUGAUAAUAAGUGGUGCACAAUAGUGCUAUGAUGUGCUUACUGACGCAAUUGUCGUGAGAAGUUUUGGUUGUAAUGACCCCGUUUCAAUAAAUAAAACACAAGUUUAUAGGAGUUGACAACAUUAGAACAUUUUUCAAAUUUCAUCACCAAUUUAGCCGCCGAAAUGAUAUCAUAUCAAGAUAUGGAAUAGCAAACAACACGGGGAACAAAUUUGUGUUUGUUGACAAAGGCAUCAAGUUUAUUUUUACCAAUAAUUCAGUCGGCCUAACUAGAAGUUCAUGGAAAUGCCGUGCAGACUCGUAUGUUUGUGGCUGAUUAAAUUUUUAUGCAUUGUGUACGAGGAAGGUUUUUGCAUCACUGAGCACGACUAUAGACAGCAGGCAUAGGCUAUUCGGGGUUUCGUCAGCAUAUAUAUCUAGCUUGUUCGAUACACACAGACAACGAGCAAAUUGUUCAUGCUGGGUAGCGGUUUAGCAUCAUGACGAAAUGGCAGAUUAUUUUGUAUAUGCCCUCGAACAGCCUAAUAUAAAUUUUCAUGGUAUUACUGCAAUUGCAAUGUGAGUGCUGAAACAAUAGACAUUAGUGUGAAUAUUUGGUGCGAUAAUCAACUAAGCAUAAAAAAUGAUCUGAUUUCCAUCCGCAUUUACUACUGAUGUGCAAAUCAAUAACUAUAAUUGGAAAUCGAGAAAUAGCACUAGCAACAUAAAAAGAUUAAGUUAUACAUUAUUGGGAACAUUUCCGUUCAUUUUCGUUAACUAAUAGAAAAAAAUAGACAGUUGGUGAAUAACGAAACAAUCAACAAUGGAUAAAAUGGAUUACAGAAUACUUAUUGUACUGUUUCUAUCUGCUGUUUGUAUAGAAGAUUCCGCCAGCCUGCAGCGAUUCGCUGAGCAGCCAAAAUAUACCGAGGUGAAUCCGGGCCAGGAUGCACUGCUGGUGUGCAAAGUGAUUGACAAACGCGGUGUAUGCUCAUGGCAAAAGGACAACAAACCGGUGGGGAUCUACCCAAAGAAAUACGAGUGGGCCAGUCAGUACGGCAUUGGCCAGACGACACACGUAGGUGGCGACUGCUCGCUGUGGGUCCGAGCCGCCCAGCUCGAAUUCGACGAUGGACUGUGGGAGUGCCAGGUCACGGCCAGUGACUUUACGACACAGGAUGCGCUCACCAGUCAGCCUGUCAGAUUAGUAGUUAGAGUUCCACCGCAACGACCCAGACUAGAGCACGAAGGUGUCCACGUUCCUCCCGGGCACAAUGUUACCGUAGACUCUGGUGCAAUGGCCACCGUAAAGUGUGUCUCGCACUACGGGAACCCACCAGCACAGCUGAAGUGGUUUCUAGGUGACCAGGAAAUAUCACCCCUUCAUCCACAAACAAAUUCAACCGAACCGGACAACCCCCGAACGUGGUCGGCUGCAGCUGUGGUGCAGAUUCCUGCCAACAAGGAUCGACAUGGCACGCUUUUGAAAUGCUUAGCAAUUCAUGAGUCGUAUGCAGCUCGAUCGGUGGCCGUCGAUGCACGAUUAGAUGUUAAGUAUGCACCUACGAUAAGACUGCUAGGCGCCCCUCAGAUAGAUCUAGAAGAAGGAAAAGAUUCGCUCAUCCUGCGAUGCCUAGCCGAUGCCAAUCCGACUGCCAGCAUAGUGUGGCGCAGGGCAGGCCGGUCGGAAAUAGCAAGUUUACAAGAAUCUUUACAAUUGAGACCAGUCGGUAGGCGCGACGCUGGUCUAUACACAUGCCAAGCGCAGAACUCGGUUGGAACAUCGGACACCCUUUCAGUUCAACUAGAUGUAAAAUAUGCGCCAAAGAUACUGUCAGCUGGCCCGGACCGACUAACAACCGCACCACUUUUUAGUCCCGCUGCCUUCGAAUGUGUAGCAGAAGGAAAUCCCCCACCCACCUACAAAUGGGUACAAAGAAUCUCAACACAGGGUAAACCAUUCCUCGACAGAGGGCGAGAAUCAAGACUGGUAAUAGAUAAUGUAACGUACGACUAUCAGGGCGAGUACGAGUGCCGGGCGACAAACUUUAUCAAUGGACAGGAAAGGACAGCUACAUCCGAUCCGAUAGCGCUUCAGGUAGUGGGAGCACCGCAGGUCCUGCGGACGUCCUCGACAGCGACCGGACAUUCAGUAUCGGUGCGGAAAGGAGAUUCUGCCACACUUUCGUUGAUAGUGUGUGCCGAUCCCCGUCCGAGACACGUUGCCUGGGAAUGGGGCUCCUUACGGCUAGAGGCGGGAUCCGGAAUAGGACGCUAUCGUGUUGAUGAUGUGACACAGGACAGUCGCGAAGACUGCUACCUAGCCACGCUACACAUCGACGACGCGGAUUUACAGGAUCAGCGACCGUAUUACUUGGUGGUCGAGAACGAAAGGGGAACCGACAGACACGCUAUCAAUCUUCGCGUGGAAGGAAUGUUUUCAGUCGAACCUUUGGAGCUGAGUUAUCUGCUUGGUAUCGCCGGGGGAUGCUUGGCCGCUUUCCUUAUGCUGAUUUGCCUCUGUAUCUACGCGAUUCGAAAGAGGAAAUGUUGUUUCAGAAAUCGAAACAACUAUAAAACCUCGGAAAAGGAUAGCGAAAAAGCGGAUCUGAAAUCACGAUCCGACAGCACCAGCGUUCCUCCGCUCGAUUCCAUCUACACGACGCCAACUGGUUUCCAUCAUCACCAAAACGGAACUCCUGGCUCGCCGGAAGCUAUGAAGUCAACAGCAGCGGCCAACACUUUCAACACACAAAACAAUCAACUGUAUUUAGGUGAACACACGAAUUGCACUGGCAGUAAUGCAGAUCUGGUGCUGGGUGCACUGAGGCAUCAGCGUGACUUGUUUAGUGGUUCUCUGGGAAUACCUGAUGUCACAACACGUGUGGGCAGUGUAAUACAUGCAUUCGAAUCGAUGGCCCGGGAAAGACAAACACUUGAAAGAAAUGGCGGCGAAAAGCCAUACGACAGCUCGAUGGGUCCGCGGUAUCGAUCCCAUCGAGCUAAUAUAAAAAGGGUCAAUGAUAAUCGGCAUAGAAUCAUAUUGCCCACUCCCAAGAUAUCCCCUUCCUUAAAUGAUUCCUCCAACAUUGUACAGCAGCCCUAUCCCAGAUCAAACUCCUUCAGUAACAUUAUCCACAGCGACGGCAGCAGUAGUAACAAACAGAAUAAUGGAAGCAGUAGUCGUAAUCUGCAUACCAAUAACAAUAAUUUAGAACAGUAUUUUCUUCAUACAAAUAACCAUAAUAAUCAUAAGCAGACGAUACCGAAAACGACUUUCCAGUCGAACGCUGGCCCUGGAAUCCAUUAUAAUCUGGCUAACGAUAAUGAAUCAAGUAAUUUCGAUUCGUUGAAUCUGGACGAUGAUUACCGUAAAAGCUCUUUUGGCAAACAAUCAAAACUCCAACCAACCACAGCUUCGCUUGGAACGUUCAGUCGUAAUCAACAUUUAAAUGAUGCAACCGCUACUAGUAUGACCAACAGCAGCACUACUAACUUCCACAGUUCCCCCCAAGUGGUAGCAGCUGGAGGCAGCCACAGUAGAAACAAUCCGAAUGUAUUUUUUACCACGACGCCAGUACCACCACAAUCGCCACCACCGCUGCCGUUGUUAUCAUCGAUGCAGAUACCGGAAAAGGAUACACCGUCGUUGGCGACGCCCAGUACCGGUGGGAUGGGGAAAGUGACAACGACGUCGCCACAAGCGCCAACUUCAACGAUGCGCUAUUACAACCACGAUAACAACAACAAUAAUAAUAAUAGCAGCACUCUUCGUACCACCACUAAUGCUGGCCUAGGUGGUAAUCGUGACGGAACCGACGACAACUACGGUGCCGAUAAUAACACCAGCAAUGACAAAUUCCUUCGCGGUACCACUGUCAGUCAAUCAUUCAUCAAGAACGUGAAGAACAUGCGGAGAAAGUCUUCUUCGUACGAUCUACAAAACGCCAACGUAACCGGACUAACGAAGGGAGGAAUGGCAAAUUCCUCCUCCACUGGUUACAAGCAGCGAGGAGGAGCAUUGGUGACGACAGCUGCUAGACACCUUUACAGACGAACGCCGAAAGGUCCUGGCUCUGAUAAUGACACUGAUGAAUUAACCACCGACAACUUGGGAAUGCAACGGGAAAAUUCUGGCGUCGCCAGCAACCGUUCCUCAGGUAAGCGGAAAAUGUUUCAACCAAAAACAUUAGAUAGAGCGGAAAUUUGA